CGCGGAAGAUGACAACGAUAUUACGGGAUAUACAGUAUUCGUGAUAAUAUUAGUAGCCAACAGGGAACAACCACAACAACAACAAGGAUUCAUCAGCAGAGUUGACAGUUUUCACUUUUUACACGAAUGCUUUUUUAAAACUGCAAAAUGAAGCGAGAAAUACCGCGCCAGCAAUCAUUGAUUGUUCCAGAAAUUCAAAAUCCAUUCGUGCACAAGGUACAUUUGGGUUAUCUGGAUAUGAUACAAGUUGCAUUUAUGUCAGUGACGAUAGCCCCUUUAAGGUUAUUAUUAGUGGGUAUUUCUUUACUAUUGGCUUGGCCUCUUGCUGCGCUGGCUGUUUCAUUCAGAAGUAAAGAGGAGCAGAACCAGCCAUUGUCAGGUUGGAGAAACUAUUUACUGCGGCCAAUCAUAUCAUUCCUGAGUAGAUGUGUAUUUUUCGCUGGUGGUUUUCACCAUGUCUCUGUUAAAGGCGUGAGAGCCCCACCCACUGAGGCAGCGGUCCUGGUCACGGCACCACAUUCGUCUUAUUUUGAUGCACUACCUGUAGUGUUCCUGGAUUUAACAUCCGUAGUUGCGAAGGCAGGAAUAGCAUCGGCACCAAUAUUUGGAACAUUACUUAAAUUUACCCAGCCUGUACUUGUUAAACGUGAAGAUCCGAACUCACGUCAGAACACGGUAAAGGAAAUACAGAAUCGUGCUCAGGCGGGAGGAUGGCCACAGAUUCUCAUAUUUCCCGAGGGAACUUGCACAAACAGAAGCUGCCUUAUCUCAUUCAAAUUAGGUGCAUUUCACCCAGGAGUUCCAGUCCAACCUGUGUGCCUAAGGUAUCCCAAUAGACUGGAUACAGUCACAUGGACAUGGGAAGGACCAGGGGUGUUUACUUUGCUGUGGCUCACAUUAUGUCAGUUUAAUACAAGAUUAGAAAUAGAAUAUUUACCUGUGUAUACGCCAAGUGAAGAGGAAAAGGCAGAUCCCAAGUUAUUUGCUAAUAAUGUCCGUAAAGUUAUGGCAGAAGCGUUAGGUGUACCAGUUACAGAUCAUACAUAUGAUGAUUGCCGUCUAAUGAUGAAGGCCCGUAAACUAAAUCUACCUAUGGAAUCUGGCCUUGUAGAGUUCCAGAAACUACACAAAAAAUUAGGGAUUAGUGUAGAUGAUAUGCACACAUUGUUGGAAAAGUUCAGCAGUAUAGAUCUACAAGGCAAAGGGGUGAUAACUGUGUCCGAGUUCUCAAAAUAUUUGCAAGUACCAGAAUCUCAAUCACUCAAGGAUGUGUUUGCAAUGUAUGAUAGGGAUGGGUCAGGAUCUAUAGAUUUUCGGGAGUAUGUGAUAGGUUUAUCAUUGAUCUCAGCACCUGUUAAUACAGAUAGCACAAUUUCUCUAGCAUUCCAGUUGUUUGACUCGAGUAAGCAAGGUUAUAUAAGUGAAGAAGAUCUCUCCCAUAUAUUGUAUAAUUCAUUUGCUAUGUUAGAUGUAGAUGUGGCAGAACUCUUCAAACAGAUAGAUGCUGAUGAGGAUGGUAAAAUCACAUAUGGAGAGUUUAAGGCAUUUGCUGAGAAGAGACCAGAAUAUGCAGCUGUGUUUAUGGCCUAUCAGGAGCUAAAGAAAGAUGAUACUAAUGGAAAUGCUACCACAGAAACUGAAGGUCAUGUCAAGUCAGAAUAGGUCAUAAGGUCACAAAACAAUUAUUUAUGAACAAAGUCAGUUGCAAUGAAUUUAUAUAGUUCAAAUAGGAUAUAGACCAUAAAUCCAGUUAUGUAUAGAUAUGUUGAAUUCUAGUUAUAAUAUUAUCAUAGAAACUAUCAUAGAGGUAUGUAAUCUCAUUAGGUCAAAGGUCAUCUAUAAAUAAACAUUGACCUUUAAUGAUAAUGUAACAAUAGAAACCGUUGAAAUGUUAAUUCUGUAUAGAUAAGAGGUUAUUCAAGAGCUUUGAUGUUUUAUUGUAACCGUGAAAGAUUUUCUUAAUCAAGGUCAUUGUAUAAUAACCCAAAGGGAUACCAUUUAAGAAUUUUAUUUUCAAUCACAAAUUUAAAUAGUGGAACAAAUUGUAAAGAUAUGCAGCCAUUUUUAGCACAUUUACAAACCAUUAUGCCUAUUUUUACUAACAAUGAACCUUUGUAAAAGUAUUGCAGUGAAAAACAGGCUAGAGGCGUCUAUAUAAACUUCAGUCUUACACUAGUCAUUUAUAGGAUAGCGGGUGUAUAACCUUUUUAAGAAGAAAAAGGUCAAAGGUUAUGGGGAAGACUGUAAGAUUAUUUCAUGUAUAGAAUGUAUUUUUUCAGCUACUAUUGCAUGUAGACUUGCAUUUCAAUAAUUUGUUUUAUCAUCUAUCAGUCAGAGUUAGUUUUAAGACAAUGUUUUAUGAACAAUUUAUGCCAUACUGAUAAAAA